AUGUGGCAUCAUUUCUGCCGCCAGAGGGACGGGAUGCGGAAGGUACGAGCCCGGGCCUUCAGAAGGGCGGACGCUAACGGGCAGCCGCCCUUCGGUCGACAACUCCUCACGCUGACCGAGCGAGCGGGAGACGUCGGGGCGCAGCUGCGGCUGGCGGGUUCGCCCCUGUGUGAUGCUGUAGCUGCCGCGUUUCCCGGCUCACGGCCGCCGCCCACAUCCAAAGCGGCGCCCGGCGCUUAUCCGAAGCUUCGAGAAUAUUUGCGGGAUGAACAUAGUUUAAUGCGCCACUUGACGAUGUCACCUCUGAUAAAACGAGGCAGCAUCCCAGAUUCUGAUAAAUUCUGGGACGUCGAAGCGCUGGGCUUUGGAGCCUGCUCUUGGCCCCAGACCCUGGCCGAUGACCGAGGGGCUCCGGGUCGUCCUGAGGCCAAAGCCCUUGAGCUUUCCGAGUCGCGGGCCAUCAGAGAGAAGCAGGAGAAGCACAUCCCACAGGCACGGACCCUCCCGGUUGUCACCCUUUGCAGGCUCAUUUCCUUUGACACCUCAUUUCAUCCCACCGCUGCCCGGCAGGCAGAGCAGGUGCGCCUGGAGGGGGACGACCCAGACGGAAGCCAGCCCCUGGCAGGUGCACAGUGGAAAGCCAGAGCCAGACAGGCGGCCGGGGGCGAGGCUGAGUGCGGGGCCUGGAAGCCGCACGGUCCGGCGGCCGUGUGCACGCGCCACAGCCCCGCUGCCAGGCUCGGCGGCCCCGAGACACCGGUGGGGCCUUUGCCUCCGUCUCCUCCUUUCCUUGCAGCCGACGGGGAUUCUGGAGAUGGCGUGGAGGCUGAGGAAGUAGUCGCUGUGCUUCAGGAGUCCGUCAGCCUUCCCCUGGAGGUACCAUUCAAUGACAAGGUCGAGGACAUCUUCUGGUCCUCUCGCAUAAGGCUUGCCACGGUGGUUCCGGGGAGAGAGGGACAGCCGGCUACCAUCACGGUGACCAACGCUCGAUACGCGGGCAGAGUGAGCUUCCCGGACCCCAGCUACUCCCUGCUCACCAGCAAUCUGAGCUGGGGGGACUCAGGGCCUUACAAGGCUCAGGUCAACCUGAGGACGUCCCAGAUCUCCGCCAGGCAGCAUUACAGUCUCCGUGUCUACCGACGGCUGUCGGAGCCUCGCGUCACCGUGGGCUUUGAGAACUCCAGGGAAGGUGGCUUUAAUGUGACCCUGACGUGCUCCGUAGAGAAGGAGGGCCUGGAUGUGACCCACAGCUGGCUGUCCUGGGAACAUGGCACUGAGACACUGACAGUCCGUGAGGGCUCUGCCCUCAGCGCGUCCCGGAGACCUGGGGACAAUGCCCUCUCCUAUACCUGCAGGGCCACCAACCCCGUCAGCAGCGUCCGUUCCCACCUGGUCCUUGCCGGGCCCUUCUGUGAAGAUCCUGGCUAUGCCUUGGACACGUCCACUCACUUCUGCCUCUGAGCCAAAGGGCUGCUCUUCUCCUUCCUCGUGGUCACUCUGGCCGUGGGGCUCUGGCUCAUCUGAGCCCAGAAAAGAUGCAGAAUGCCAGGGAUGAGGACCCCCAGGAGAAACGAGGCUGAAGCCUCGCCCCGGCCUGGCCCGAUCGCCCCUUGGGGACCCCUGUGCUGAGCACUCUUUCUUCCCAACCCCUCCCCCCACCCCGGAGUCCUUCCCGCCACCCCCCCACCGUGCUUCUCCUCCCAGGGUGCCACCGGGUGGGUGUCCCAAGGGCCAUACUCCCCAAGGGAAGAUUAUCCGGCAAUAAAGUCAAAUCAGGUGACCGCCA